AUGCCUAUCAAUCCACCAAUGGCUGCCGUAUUUGCCAGUUACAUCAACAGAAAUCCUGGCUAUUUUCUCAAAGGGUUCAGAGACUCUCCUCACUUAGCUGAUAUUUUUCGCCAAGAGGUUUUCGAAAAGAUGCUAACUUUUCUUUUGGAAUUAGAGGGUGAACCAGCUUCAGACCCUGAGGUCAUGAACUACCAUACGGCGGUUAUGGUUCUGCUGGACAAAUGGAGUACCACAAUUAAAAAGCCACUAGACAUUAGUCUAUUAUUCGACCCAUCAAUACGGUGGUCUCGAUUCCGAAGUGAUGCCUUAUGUAUUGUUGGAUCAAAGAGUCCUGCUGCUAGUAGAAUGGUAGCCAAGGAACAAUACCCGAGCGAGUCCCAGCCACCGAAUAAAUCUGACUAUCUCUCAUUUUUGGGAGCUGGUCUUGGCGUUUUACUUACAGUUCUUGCUGUGACGUUCUACGGCGAUAUUUUUGGAGGGUUGAAGAAGCACACUAAGACUGUUGGCAAACCGCUUGUUCUGAAAGAAUCUUCCCAAAAAGCUGAAGAAGCUGAAGCCGAGCCUGUGAAAGAGUUUGAAGAAAGUACACCAGCCCUAGAAUCAUCUGCAGAUAAAUUGAAAACGGAGCCAACGACAAGUAGUACACAAGAAGUGAUUGAUUCGUCUGCAAAAUCAUUAGCAGAACCCUCGGAAGGCGCAGAGGCGCACGACAAGGAAACCGUUUAUCAGGUUUCUGUCAAGGAGGCUCAUAAAGCUACCACUUCACCCGAAACCGAGAAAACAAAAACGAGGGUUGAAGAAAAUCCAUCAACGAGGAAUGAGACCACUAAUUUUUGUGAUUUCAACCCCUAUUUGCUAGUUUACGGUUCCAAGAUUUCUGGUGAAUACAAUCUCUGUCACACUUUUCAGGGCUUCUUCGUACCGAUUGGUGAAUUACCAACCACCGUACAUGGUGGAGUUUCACUGCUGAAGGGGCGUCGUGUUGAAAAGAUCUGCCCUGACGAGAAGAAAGCUUACCUCGAUGACAAAACUUGUAUUAAAUACGACAAAUGUCUAAUUGCCACAGGUGCGCGUACUCUUAUAAUGUUAAUUGGCGGCGGUUUUCUUGGCUCAGAGCUGGCAUACAGCAUUCGCAGAAAAUACAAAAAUGUGGCAGUGAAUCAGGUGAUUGGGGAAACUGGAAAUCUCAGCGGCAUUCUUCCUGAGCACCUUUCCAUAAAAGCUGCAGAAUCUCUUCGUGAAACCGGUGUAAAUGUGAUUACAAGUGCCAAGGUAAUUGAAUUUCUUAGUUUCAAGCCGGUUCUAUUGUUAUUGGACGUUACAGAUCACAUCUGCUCAACGGAAGAAAGACGAUAUAGAGGCGGCAUAAUGACUGAUGCGGAGCUGCGAGUUCGAACGGGAAUUUGGGCAGCUGGAGAUGCUGCCUCAUUCUAUGAUAGAUCUCUGGGCCGACGACGCAUUGAGCACUGGGAGAACGCUCAGGUGAAACCUCCAUUCCGUUUUUGA